AUGGAUGGUCUGCCUUCUUGGCUGCCCAUCUCCCCCCCUCAAGCAGCAUUAGCAGGAGCCAUAGCUGGUGCUACAGAGUCCCUGCUCUCCACACCAUUCGACCUCAUCAGAACCCGCCUGCUGCUCGCCACUCCCCUGCUGCCACCUGUCUCGCCCACCCACCCCAUCUCCCUCCCCGGCCCCUCCAUCCGCAUCCACCGCCCCUCGUCUCCUUCCCAACCAACCUCUUCUUCUGUAGGAAACCCAUCCCCCAGCCAUACCUCCCCCAGUCAAUCCGCCACCAUUAAUCAAUCCUCCAUCCCAAGUCAGAAGUCAAGGAGUGGCUCCUCUCUUUCAAAGCACAAGCUGCCCCACCCACUCACAAACAGGCAGACCAGCUCUCGUUCUAACCGUUCUGACCGCCCUCACCGCACAACUCACAAGCGCACCUUCGUUUCCUCCUCGUCCCCUCCUCCUCCCACCGCCCUCACCUCAGCUCAAACCCUACACCCAAGGCACCUCUCUGCAUCCUUGCGCACCCCUCCCAUCCCCCCCUCUUCCACCUCCCUACCGCCCACCACCUUCUCCCUCUCCCUCGCCCGUUACCCCUGGACCCCCGUCCCCUCGCCCUACCUCCCUGCCUCGUCUUCUUGGGAGGCCGCAAAGGCUGGAGUGAGGGCGGAGGGGGCAGCCCAGCUGUGGCGAGGCCUUAGAGCGGGCGUGACUAGAGAUGCGCUUUUUGGAGCGGUGUUCUUUGGAGGGUGGGUGACUAUAGAGGAAGGAUUGAGGGAAUUGGAGGAGCUCCGGCAGAGGAAGAGAGAGAGGGGUGGGGUGGAGGAAGGGGUGGAGGGGGGAGGGGUGGAUGGUGGAGCCAUGGAGAGGAGGAGUGCUGGGUAUGGAUAUGCGUUGACCCAGAGUUUGGAAGCAGCGAUAGCGGCGGCAGUGGCUUCAGUUGUGUCGCAUCCGUUUGACUGUGCCAAGACCCGCACUCAAGCCACCGUCUUACCCAAGCACUCAACGAGUGGAGUGGCGAUGGAGGCGUUGGAGAAGGUGGUAACGCAGGCGCAGGGCCUGUCGGGCAGCGCGAGCGACCUGUCGCACCUGCUGGAGGUGCUGCGCGGCGCGGAGGACGCGCUGUCGAAGCACGCGCUGCAGCUCGACACGCUGCUCGCGUCGCUCGACCCCGCGCUGCACUCGCUCGCCUUCCUCUUCUUUCUCGAUGCACAUGCAGCACAGGCACCGGGGCAGUUGUGGGAGCAGGUGGUGGGGACGAUCAUCAACUUCAUUAAAGUGGCUUCUCCAACACAGAUCGCGCUUGCUCCUGAAAAGUUCGCCUCACUGUGCCACCGCCUGCGCGAUUUGCUCAUCUCCCGCUCGCAAUACUCACGGGGGGUCCUCCCCUUGCGCUGGGCGAUCAGCAAGGUGCAGCAGAGCACCACCGCGGAGCAUCUGACUCCCCAACACGCGGACUGCCUGCAGCUCUGCCUGCUCGCCAAGCUCUACCGCCAGGGGGGCGACCUGCUGCAGGGGGAUAUUCUCGAUAUUGACCCCAAGAAAACGGGGCUAGUGCACAAAGACUUUCUUCUGUACUGCUUCUACGGAGGCACCAUCUAUGUGGGUCUGAAGCAGUACCAGAAGGCUAUAGACCUCUUCAUGCAUGCCAUCACGUCUCCAGCACAGGUCGUGAAUGCCAUCACAGUGGCGGCAUACAAGAGACACGUGCUUGUCUCGCUCAUCCUGAACGCGCAGUUGUCACCUCUACCCAAGUUCACCCCGAGCAUCGUGCAGAGGGGGCUCAAGGCGUGCUGCCAGGACUACCACGAUCUGGCGAAUAUCUACGUGUCUCGCGAUGCAGCAGAGCUCAAGAAGUUUGUCAACUCCCACGAGCAAGCAUUCAAGGCGGACAACAAUUUAGGCUUGGCCCAUCAGGUGGUUGCAUCGGUCCCCAAGCGCAGCAUUCAGCGUCUCACGCACACCUACCUCACUCUCUCGCUCUCCGACCUUGCUCAGUCGGUGCACCUCUCUUCUCCUGCGGAGGCUGAGAAGUAUCUCCUUUCCAUGAUUGCGGACGGGGAGAUGUUUGCGAGGAUAGACCAGCAGGCGGGCAUGGUGAGCUUUGAGGAGGACCCUGAGAAGUACGACUCACUGGCCAUGGCUGCUGUGGUGGAGGAGCAUAUCCAAAGGGCAACUAAACUGUCCAAGAAGCUGGCGCUGGUGCACGAGCAGAUCUCCUCCGACCGAACAUACCUCACACGGGUGCAUGCACGCGAGCGUAAUAUUCGGUAUGGAGAGCAUGAGGAUUAUGAGCUUGCACCUCAACGCAUGCGCUCUGUGAUCGAAUCCGUUGAUGUCUCCGCGUCCCUUGCGCCUUGUUCAAUCACGGCAACAAUUCCCAAGGGAUCGCCAACCAUCAUGCAUGCAGAGUACCGUUUUCGCAUUUCAAGGAUCGAGUUGCAGGGCAAGAUGCUUCCGCGGGGAGCAGCCAUCGUGCCUGUGGCGAUAGUGUCGGUCUGCGCUAUCGCCCUUCUCAUCCUUCAUGGCCAACCUCUCCUCAGCCAUCUCUUGGGAGACGAUGGACCGAUGAAGAAGCACAUCGAUACUGCCAAGGGUCAUCUGGUGGUAGCGAUGGUCAAAGGAAGGGAGGCUCGCAUCAAUUUUCUCUCUCCUGUCUUGCAAAUUCUUGUGGGAGUUACUGCGUUCCUUUCCUCGCUGGUCGCUGCGGACCGUCUCUUCCACUUUUACGUCGCCUUGUACUGGAAGAUCUCCAAGAAACGCCCAGAGGAAGCCUUCGAAGCGAACACCUUGCCAGAUCCAGCUACCUGUCCCGAAGCCUUCCCCAAAGUUGUUGUUCAGAUUCCUAUGUUCAACGAGAAAGAGGUGUGCGAACAAGUAAUCGACGCAUGUUGCAAGCUCAUAUGGCCGAGAUCGCGCCUGUACAUUCAGAUAUUGGACGAUUCAACUUGCCCCAUCACUCGCAGCAGGGUGGUUAAGAAAGUCGCUGAAAAGGUAGCUCUUGGAAUUCACGUGGAGGAUCGCUGGAGAUCCAAUCGGCAAGGAUAUAAAGCUGGAGCAAUGAUUGAGGCUGAGAAGGCACUUGGAGAUUACGAAUUCACUGCUAUAUUUGAUGCAGACUUCAGCCCAGAGCCUGAAUUCCUUCUUAAGACGAUUCCGUAUCUCAUUGACAACCCGCGGGCUGCGUUUGUCCAAACACGCUGGGUGUUUGCCAAUGCGGACGAGUCUGUCUUGACUCGAGUCCAAGAGAUUUCACUCAACUAUCACCUGAAGUGCGAACAGUAUGCCAGAUUUGCAACGGGCAACUUCUUCAAUUUCAAUGGAACGGCUGGAGUAUGGAGGCUCUCUGCAAUCAAGGAUGCAGGCGGGUGGAAUAACAGGACAACCGUUGAGGAUAUGGAUCUUUCUCUACGAGCUUACGUUAAAGGCUGGAAAUUUAUAUUCUUGAAUGACGUAACGUGUGUAAACGAGAUUCCAUCGACAUAUGCAGCUUUCAGGCACCAACAGCACCGCUGGAGCUGUGGACCAAUGCAACUCUGGAGAAAAGCUAUGGAUCAAGUCUGGGAAUCUGAGAUUCCACUUGUUCAAAAGAUUUACCUGAACUGCUUCUUCUUUGGAACAAGGUUGUUCGCCACCCAUAUUGUGUCGUUCGUAUUCUACUGCACAUUGGUGCCCAUCUGUGUGGUGGCUCCAGAAGUGACAAUCCCGUAUUGGGCUUUGGUUUAUGUGCCCAUCCUGGUUACUAUCUCCACGGUGGCUUUCACUCCAAGGUCGUGGCUGUACGCUGUACCUUUUGUUCUGUUUGAGAAUGCCAUGAGCAUUGUCAAGUUCUCCGCAAUGGUCUCCGGAAUCUUGGGCCUAUCUACGGCUCAUUCAUGGGUUGUAACCCAGAAGCUUGGGAAGUGGGUCCAGACUGAUGCAGCAACUGCAAAGACAGGGCUGGCGAAGUAUUUGGGGAAAGCUGGAGCCAUUCCACAUAGUCUGAGUCUUCCAGUCCUUUCUGAAGGUCUGGUGAAGCAAGGAGCUGAUAAAGCCCAGCCCAAGAGUUCUAAGAGCUCUUGGUUCAACCGCACAAUAUACAAGAGGGAAUUGGGUAUGGCUGCCUUCAUCUUCGGUGCAGGGAUGUAUGCGAUCUUUGUGGAAGACCGCUGGGAUUACUCUAUCUUCCUCUUCCUGCAGAGCAUUGCGUUCGCCAUGUUUGGCUUGAACUUUGUGGACAGGACAAAUUGA